UUCCUCCCCUAUCCAAUAAGAACUCGAUGCUUUAUCAGACAUUAGCCGGUUAAAGCUGGAGCUCAGGGUGCACCGUGAAUCAGCAGCAGCAGCAGCUCCUCGUUGACAUGGAGUGUCCACCAAGCAAAAGGCUGAAAGGCCAUCAGAUGUCAGCUGGAGCUGAUCCGUUUGACGAUGACAUCGAUUUCACCCAGGAUGACCUGGACCAGCUCGACAUCAUAGCGUCUCAGGCCGUCACGGGUGAGGGUCAGAACAGCGGGUCCAAGAGGACGUACGGUUCUGUUUUUCCAUGUCCUGAUGAUCAGAGCAAAGCUCCCGUGAGAUCCGGCCGGAAAACGUUCGCACUUGGAGACGCCUGCAGUAGUAGCGCGUUUGACAGAAGGACAGAACCUCAGAGGAACGAUGCGAUUGGUGAUGGGCAUACCAGUAAAGGUGGGGAAGAUCUACAUCUUAAGCAGUUAGAGGACCAGCAGGCAGAGCUGAAAAGAAAACUAAAGGAGGUCGAGGAAGAGAUCCUGAUGAAGAACGGAGAGAUCCGUGUCUUACGAGACUCUCUAAGAUUGGCCAAUCAGGAGAAAGAACAGCAGAGACAAGCACAGGUGGCUGUGGAGAAAGAGAGAGCUCACGCUCAGAGCGAGCGCGAGAAAGAGCUGAACAGGAAGGUCCAGUCGCUGCAGUCAGAGUUGCACUUUAAAGAAGCCGAAAUGAACGAAAUGAGGGGAAAACUUCAGAGCGGCGAGCGUGGCGUAAAGCUGCCCGGCACGCCGGCUCGAAAUACUGUCCAGUCUCCUGCUGGUCGAGCAUUUAUGACCAAAGAAACUUUCUCAGCCGGGCUCUCCAAGAAAACAUCUCCUAUCAAAGGCCAUUUACCAGAAGGUGGAAAACAAGCACAGUCCAAAACCUCCUUUGCACAGGAACCACAUUCAGACCAAACCAUCAUCUCUGAUGUCCAUCAAGAAGGAUGCGUGUUGCUGAAACUACUGCUACAGCAACAGUUAGAUCCGAGCACUUUGAGCCUAUGUCACCUGUUGUCCGUCAGCCCCGCUGCUCUUCCAAACGUCCUAUCACAGCACGGCUACAUCAGCCCUGGAUCACUGGCAACCUCCAGCUCAUCCUCUGCAGAUCUCCAUCGGCCACAAUCCCGAUUCCACCAGCUGCAGAGUCUCGCCAUGUCCGGUCUGACCGCACUAGCCGCCCAUCGCCCCACGCACACCCAACGCAACAGCUACAGCGAUGACGCUCCACGACUCGCCCCCCGAACCUGUCCCCCCGCCGUCCACUUCCUCCCCCUGCUCACCUUUCACAUCUCCACAUACUGUCAGACGCUGGAAUCCCUGGAGAGCUCGGGAAAGGCUUCGCUCCACGGCAGCUCCCUGUCGGGUUCCUCAGACUCCAGUCUGACCUCAAGCCUCGAGGAAUCUCUCAGUGGACAGGAAGAUCUCGCCCUCGCAGCCAUGAAAGCCCUGUAUCAUGUAGUUUCCUACAGCUGCGAGGCUUUGGAGACGGUGUUGUGCCACCAGGAUGCAGAGACUCCGGAGCGGAUUGAUGUUGAUCGACCACAGUGUUCAAAAAGCCUUCUCAGUACCUCUGAACAUUUAAAUGGGGAGGUGCAGACUCAGCUCCCUCUUCUCAAAAGACUUCUGCAACUGGCAGAUCCAUCGUUCAUUACCGCUGCCGGGCAGAGGGAGGCGGUAAUGAGCAGCAGUCUGAAAACAUUGUGUGUGCUGGCCGAGAGAGCGCAGGAGAAUCAGCUUCAGAGACUAAAGGUUGUCCUGUCAAGUCAAGUGCUGCUUAAAUGUCUAACGCCGGAGAUGUCACACAAAACGGUUCAUCUGUCUGUGAGAAUCCUGUCGCUCAUCAUCUGCAACAACGAGAUGGCCGUUCAACUCUGUGCACACGAAUAUCCAUGUCCUCUUCUCAGACUGUUCCAGUACGUCACCUCCAGACCUGACAAAUCUACCUCGGAGGAUGUGCGGAGUCAUUUGGAGCUUCAGGUUAUACGGUUAGUAACCAAACUGUUUACGCAGAACACGGGGACGUGGGCCGCUUUCUGUCAGACAUCUUGCCAGUGUAUUCAUGAGCUGGUGCGGACAGUGGUCAUGAUUUUACACCGACAGUGGCUGAGAACCAAAAGGAGAGAAGGCGAAGCGUCACGUAACCGGAUCUGGGCGGGUUUGGGUGUUCAGGUGUUGCGGGAAGCUCUCUUCUUUCUACACUGGCUGCUACUGAAAGACUCGUCGUUCUCAGAGCACUGCCUGGACGUACUGCACAUGUACGAUCAGGUCAUUCCCGCCAUCAGAGACACGUUUAGACUGAUCCCAGAUCUGUCAGAGAGCGAAGAAUUGGCUCUCGAAGAGAUCUGCCGCUCCGAGACGGAGUAUGUCGAAGAUAUGGACACUGAAACAGGACCGUAAACGCUGCAUGCAAAGUGAACUCUGAGGUUUUGUCAUGAACAUCUGGGGUGAUUUUUCCAUCUGAUGAAACACCAAUUCUCGUGUCCUAAGACUGAGCACUAUCAUUUGUAAUUAAGUCACAAUAAAUUCUGUAGAACCCCUUGGAUUUCAUGUAAUCUCAAUCUGGAUUGCGAAAGUAUGGACACAUCAGUAUGCAAUGUUAGUACGUCUUCCACCACAAAACAACACAUAAAACAUACCAGCACAUGUUUUCCAGUGAGGCUUCAAAGUAUGCAUUCUAAGUGCAAUGGUUUGUGGUCAAUAUUUGGAAACGAAUGUGUGGCGUUAUUUAAAUAUGUAGAAAAAUAGCGCUUUUUUAUGUUUAAUAAACGAUUAAUUUUAAUGUAA